UUUCUUUUUCUUCAUCAUCUUCCAAAGAGUUGUCAAGAUUUUGAGAGUGGGUAAGUUUUGAACGUAGGAUUUGAAAAAAAUAGAUGGAUGGUGAUAGAGGUGGAUGCUCUCAUAAAUCCUAAUUCAUGAUGUAGUGAGUGUGUAAGUUUAAUUGUGAAAUAAGAUACCUUAAAAUUAAUGAUGUCUUUUUUAAUAAUUUUAUUUGAGAUUAUUAUUAUAAUAAAAAAAAGUUAAAAAUUAGGGGUCUAAAAUAAUUGAAAAAAGACCUAGACCCCCCUUUUCCUACACCCCCUUGACCCCCUCUUUCUUUCUCAUUGGUCAGAUUUUCUUUUUCUUUUUUUUUUCCUUCUCCUCCAAUCACCACCCGCUACGUGUAUGUUGGGGGGGGCGGUGAGGUGGUGAUUGGAGGGGGUUUCUAUCAAAGCCCAAAAUAAUCUAUGAGGUGUUAAUAGCAACACUAUAAAUUUAACUUAAAAAGCAUAUUAAGAUAUAUACAUAUAUAUAUAUGCAUAUAUAAAUUUAUUUUUUUUUCAAAAAUGUCCUCAAAUGCACAUAUUCAAACCCGUGGCAAAAGUUUAAAAUGUGCACGCUCCAACAUUGCCUACGUGGCAUUUUUUUUUUUUUGGGGUCUUUAAAAUUUGAAAAAAUCUGAAACAAAACAAAAUCACUCAAAUUUUUCUGGAUGAUAAUUGUGUGGUAGAGAUUAAAUUUAUCAACAAUAAUUGAGACUUUUUUUGGAAACCCUCACAGCCCCUUUGGAUCUCAACCAUUGAUGUCAAUGGUUGAGAUCCAAAGGCGGUUGUGAGGAUCCCAAAAAGAGAGGGUCACAGGCAUUUUUGUAAAUUUAUAUAGUGCAAAAUUAGUGAUGGAGCCAAUAAUUUAAUACAAAGGGAGCACCUAUUAAUUAUAAUCUUAAAAUUUUUAUUCUCCAAUCAAUAACAAAAACAUAAUAAUAAUUUUUUGAGAUAAUAUUAAACACAAAAAAUUAAUAUUUAUUACAAAAAAAUUUUAAUCCCUGAUUCAAAUAUUAAUCACUACAAAUUAAUAUUUUUAAUUUUAACACAAAUCAAAUCCCUAAUUUUAACACAAACAACAAAAUCAAAAUUCCUAAUUUUAAUAAAACCACUACCAACCAAGAUUCAUAAUUUUGGCAUAUCAAAAAUAUCUUAUUUUAACAUACAUAAUAACAAAUAAUUUUAUUUUACAAAUCAAAACUUAACAAAUAAUUAUAAAUUUCAUAAGUUUUAUUUAAAAGUAAAAAAUAAUAAAUAAAGUUACAUGUAAACAAUGUAAAAAAGACACCAAAGUAUCAAAGGGAGACAAAUGCUCAUCUUUUUGGCUUUUUAAUUUUUUUAGCCAAAAAAUCAACUUUUUACGUUAAAAAGUUAACUUUUUACCAACUUUUCAAAACACUCAAAAGAAGACAAAGAAAAUAUAGAAACACUUAACAAAUAUUGUAAAUAAAUAAAAAAAUAAAAAUUUCAUAUACUUUUAAAGUUUUAGAGGUUGUGUCGCUUACCGUUGAAAGCCUCACCUAGUAAAUAUAUUUUUUUUUAAAUUGACCAUUUCCCAGCAAGUUAAGAAUUUAAAAAAAUAAAAAUAAAAAGUUGAGACUUUGGAAAUUAUUUCCGUGGUUGGAGCUGUGCGUGUCAGUGUUUGGUUGAGAUUGGGACUUGAAAAAAAAUAAAAUAAAAUAAAACAAAACAAAAACAAAACAAAAAUAAAAACAAAACAAGACAAAAGGUGGGCGAGGCUGUGUGUGUAAGUCUUUUUGGUUGGGAUUGGGAGGGAAAAAAAAAAAUGAAAAGUAAAGACGUGAGGCUGUGUGAUGCGAGAUUUGGAGUUCUAGAAUAUAUAUAUUUUUAUUUAAUAUGCAUCUCUUCAAUUCCUUUUACUCAGUGCCCGGGGUUGUGCUACGUAAGACCAAAGAAACCAGAACUACUGGUAUUGAUCUGAAGGGUAAACGGACACGUGUCAAUGAUGAGCCAGAUGGAAGCACAUCUCAGUCUUCGCUAAGACGAAGUAACUAUGGCCGAACAGCUCCACUAGAAUCCCAGUUCACUUUUCCUGCUACAGCUCAUGACAUAACUAAUCAUCACGUGGCAUCAUCUUCCAGGCCGUGCAAUCCAAAAAGGCCGUACAGUUUGGAAGAGCAAGAAAACCUGACACUAGCAGUCGCAAAACAUGGACGAAAUUGGCAAGAAAUCAAGGAAACGCUUAAAGGUACAGGACGAUCAGACGAAAAUUGGAAGCAAAAGUGGAAAGAAAUGAUGCGAAAGGCAAUGACGCCAGACGCACGCAAUAAGAUGGACGAAUACCAGAAGUGCCUCCAUAUUCUUGCCGCUGUUGUCCAAUUUAAUGUUGAAAAACAUUCCAAAGCCAAUGAGGAAUUCCGAAAGUGGUUUAAGGCAAUGGGAAAAGAAGACCGUGAAAAAAUGGAACGGGCAGAAAAAUGGCUGGAUGACUUAAAACAGAAACGGUCAUUUCUACAGAUUCAAACCACGCAAGGCUACGUUGGGGCCACAUAUUUCAAAAAUUUCAAAAAAUAAAAAUAAAAAUAAAUAUUGUAUUGAAAUAUUGAUUGUGUAAUGAAACAAGACCCCGAAUGUAGUGUUGUGUUGUAGUAUGUUAAGUCUUUUUUUGGAUGGCGAUUGUAGCAUCUUAAGUUGAAUGCUUGUUGUGUGUUUAAGAAUCUUAGGUCCAUUUGUUUUGAGUUGUAGGGGAUGGGAUUAGAUCGGGAUGUAUGUGGGGUCUAUUAAUAUCGGGUUUGUUUGCAAAAUAAGAAAAGUGAUUCGCAAUACCUGGGACUAUGAUAGGCUUCCAUGGAUGAGAUUAAUAUAUUAAUAGUGUGGUGUUUUGAAAAGUUGAUAAAAAGUUAAUUUUUUUGACUUAUUUAAUUUUUUUGCUAAAAAAGACUUUUUUUGCGUAAAAAAACUAAAAAAUCAAAAAAAUGGCUUUUUAUCAUGUUCCCAAAUUGCCCCAGUGUGGUUUUGUUGUGUGUUUAAGAAAUAAUGUAUUAAAAGUGUGGUUUAAUAAUGUGAUUUGAAAGCUCAAGUGUGAAGUAGAUAGAGUUGUUUUUUAUUUAGAUCUAUGUGUGGUUGGAAUGAAGAUCUUUAUUUCAAAAUAUUAUAUUAUAGGUUAUAACACAUCAUUCAAAAUUCAAACUUCAAACUUCAAAAUCCAAAAUCAAAGUCUCUGAUUGUUUUGCCAAUUUUGAAUUUUAGACGAUAUAUGUCAAUGCAAUUCUUUCACAAACAACUAUGAAAUAAACAUCUCCAUCUAUCUAUGUAAGGGAGAGGCAUAAGCAAGUAUAAUAAUAACAUUCUUUGAAAAGUUGGAUUUAGGUGAAAAUAGUUAAUAAGAUAACAUAUUACAUUUAAAUCAUAAUUAUUUUGUUUUUUUUAUUUUUAUUUUUCUCACCAUCAUCAAUCAAUUAAAAAAAAAAAAACUAUCAUUCUAAACCCAAUAUUUUUAGCCACGCUAAAAUUAGCCAAAAAGUUAAAACGUUAACUUAGCAUGCCAGACGGAAUAAUGAACAUGUCCAAUGAAAAAGCAAGAGAAAGUGAACAAACACAAAGAAACUAAUGUUUACACAUAAAAGAGAUCCAACACAAAAUUGGAAUUCAU